AUGUCAACACAGGAGCUUUUUGUUUAUCAUCCAAACAUGGAACCUUCUCCGAGGCUGGGCUCCACAUUCCGCUGUUCGGUUGUUCUUCAGUUCAUGGAGCCCGUAUGCACAUGUCUACAAAGCAGAUACUGCAGCACCGCUGGGCGCAUGCAACGGAGCAGACUACAAGGAGCCUGUGGCGUGCGCUUCAGCCGCGCGAGGCCGCUGUUGCGGAUGCAGGCCGCAAAAGGUUUCGGUCGAGAUGCAUCCAAAGAACCUGGGUACCUGUCACCAGAGGAAGUUCGCGAAGCAAUUCGGUUUCUAGUGAAUUCGGCCGCGGAUCCAGCGGCAGCGACUCUUCGACAAAGAUUGCGUCGCCAGCUUCGGAAACAGUACGGGCCAGUGAUCCAGUGUGGUGCCUGCCACGGUAAGCGCCGGAGCGUUUGUCUCAUGUGCAACGGCUCCUGCAAAAUGAAAGGUUUCCUGGGCGACGAGGUACCGUGCUAUCCGUGCCAAGGCACUGGGCUUGGGCGGCCUUGCCGCGAAUGUAACGGCAUGGGUUUCUUCAGUUUAUAA